AUGCACACUUCAAGCUUCAACCAACCAUCAGGAAAAAGAGCGAUUUUUGUUUGUCAUCAUCAUUUUUGAAGUGAUCACUUUUCGCAGAACCAGAUUUUCUCAAUUUUUACAGUAAAAAUGGCUUUGGCUGAUGUGUGUGGUCUUCCGAGUGGAAGCCUAAUGUCCGGUGUUUCCAUGGGCCAUCAAUUUUUCCAGCACGAUCUCGCCAUUAACAGUCAAAAUCUGCACAACAGUUUCUCACUGGCGGUUCCACCGUUCCAAGAGCCGGCCCAUAAUUUAGCCAAACUGCAGGCACAUGGAGAAUCCAGUGGAAUUAAGAUGGAGUUCGAUCACGGUACCACGACGCUCGGUUUCCGUUUCCAGGGUGGAGUCAUCCUGGCGGUAGAUUCUCGUGCCACCGGUGGCCAGUUCAUUGGAUCGCAAACGAUGAAGAAGAUUGUAGAAAUCAACGAUUAUCUGUUGGGUACGCUCGCCGGAGGUGCCGCCGAUUGUGUGUACUGGGACCGGGUACUGGCCAAGGAAUGCCGUAUCUACGAGCUGCGAAACAAGGAGCGGAUUUCUGUGGCAGCCGCCAGCAAAAUCAUGUCCAACAUUGUUUACUAUUACAAAGGCAUGGGUCUCAGUAUGGGAAUGAUGUUGGCCGGUUACGAUAAGAGGGGCCCACAGCUCUACUACAUCGACUCGGAGGGCACGCGUACGCCAGGCAAGGUGUUCUCGGUUGGCAGUGGUUCCAUCUACGCGUACGGUGUGCUCGACUCCGGCUAUCGGUGGGAUUUGGCGGACGAUGAAGCCCAGGAUUUGGGACGCCGUGCGAUCUACCACGCAACACACCGCGAUGCGUACUCCGGUGGUAUCGUGCGAGUGUACCACAUCAAACCGACCGGAUGGGUGAAUAUUUCCAACCAGGACUGUAUGGAUCUGCACUUCAAGUAUCAAGACGAGAAGCAACAGAAGUUCGGAUCGUAAAUUUAAUUUGCAUCGUAUUCGAUGAUUAAUUGAUAAUAUUGAUUGGUAUUGCGGCUACCCUUGGCAGAAAAAUACAGAAAUAAAAUAACAUUGAAAUCUA